UCUUGCCCUUUUUUUUAAAAUAAGCACAUGCCUACAAACAUUAAAUAAAUCUGAUCUCUUUCUUCCUCUCGCGUUUCCAACCGUUUGAUCCUCUCUCUCUUGUUCGUUUUGCUUAUUAUUUACAAGAAAUUAACCAGAUUGUUUUCUGAAUCGACGUUUUCAAGAGUAAUGCAUGUUGCUGAAGAAUUUGAUGGAAGACAAGCAACUGGAUUUUAAUCAACCAUUUCUAUCUGUGAGGCGGUUCUCAUCAACAGUGACCACCUCAGAAGCUGAGGUUAAAAGGAAAACAGUCAAUACUGUUCCCAAAAUACCUGCUCUCCCUGCUUACAAGUCAGAGUUGAAAUCAGGUCCGAUUAGGAACCCACGAACUAUUCCUUUCGUGUGGGAGCAAAUGCCAGAAAGGCCCAAGAAUGAUAGCAAAUCACAAACUCAAGCUCCUGAGCAACCUCCCAUUGUUCCAAAGCUUCCACCUGGAAGGAAAUCAUAUAGUUGUUCUUUGUUUGGUACACUUAAUUGUACAAGAUUUCAGGGUUCCAAGUCUCCUUUAGUUGAUCCCAAGUGGAAAACUAUUGUCAAAACCUUGAAUGUACACCAUGGACAUUUACGUUUCUCAGAGGAACUACGUACACCUAUUCUAGAAGCAUAAAACAAUAGAAACCUUAAGCCUAUUGAAUCAUGUAUACAGUUGGUUGUGAAGUCCAUAAUUUAAAUGGCUUCAAGGCUUCUCAAAACACUUUCUCAUCUCCUCGAAAAAUUUUCUCCUCAAAGUCCGAGAUGCUUCUUUCUAUACUCAGUAUACAGCGGGUAAUUGUAAAUCUCUCUGCCCAUUUAUAUUCCUGUAAUAAGAAGUUGCAUUUAGUCCAAGAGUUAAAAUUAUGCCUACAAACAAACUGUAUAGACUCUGUACAAACUGAGUUUCUAGCUUGUGAUUGUUUACUUUUAAUUCAUGCUUCCUGGUGACACUGUUACCUACUUGUCAUAUGUUGACACCAUGACAGGAAGCAAAAUGUUCAUGAUGUGA